AUGGCAGAGACCAAGCGGCCAGUAGGCCUUCUCUUCGACAUAGGGGGAGUUUGUGUCGUUUCUCCAUUCCAAGCUAUCCUGGACUAUGAGAUUGCACAGAACAUCCCACCAGGCUGGGUCAACUUCAGCAUCUCCCGGACAUCGCCCAACGGUAGCUGGCAUAAGCUCGAGCGCGGUCACAUCCCGAUGGAUGCCAGUUUCUUUGCUGGAUUCCAAGAUGAUCUCCAAAACCCCGAGCUGUGGAAGCAAUUCCAUGAACAACUAGCGGCGAAGAAGGGGCAGACCCCCGGCCCCGUUCCCCCGCUGCCGAAAGUGGAUGUAGAGUGGCUCUUCUGGGAGAUGAUGAGGAUAUCCCGCACCCCAGACCCAUACAUGUUCCCAGCACUUCAGAAAUUGAAGGCAUCGGGGAAGUAUCUGAUGGGUGCUCUCUCGAACACCGUGAAGUUCCCUGAUGGCCAUGCAUACAACAGUGAUGUAUCCGGAGUGCGAUCACAGUUUGAUUUCUUCAUCUCAUCCGCACAUACCGGGCUUCGCAAGCCUGAUCCGAAGAUCUAUCAAGUCGCAAUUCAAGAAAUGAAGGCCUUGGCUAAGCAGCGCGGGCUGCCCGAGCCUCAGCCUUCGGAUAUUGUCUUCUUUGAUGACAUCGGCGAGAACUUGAAGGGCGCUAAGAGAGCUGGUAUGCGCACUGUCAAGGUCACUUUGGGCAGAAUUGAAGAUGCUGUCAAGGAGCUUGAGAAGAUCACUGGUUUAUCAUUGCUCGAGGGAGAGGACAAGGCACGACUGUGA